CCGCAGACGACACGCGAGACCCCAUCUACACCACCGGUCAAACUAACAAACAGUCAAAAUGUCUGCCAAAGUCAAGACCGCCCAGCUGUGGAACAAGUCCAAGGAUGACCUCGCGAAUCAGCUCACCGACCUCAAGUCGGAGCUGAUCUCGCUCAGGACCGCUAAGGUCGCUGGUGGUUCAAACACCAAGCUCACCCGCAUCCAUGAUGUGCGCAAGGGCAUCGCCAAGGUCCUCACUGUCAUCAACGCCAACCAGAGGGCCCAGCUCAGGCUGUUCUACAAGGGCAAGAAGUACACUCCCCUCGACCUCCGACCCAAGCAGACCCGCGCCAUCCGCCGAAGACUCUCCAAGCACGAGGCGUCGCUCGUGACGGAGAAGCAGAAGAAGAAGAACACACACUUCCCCCAGCGAAAGUACGCCGUCAAGGCAUAGGCGUGCAUUAGCGGAGGUGUUAUCUUUUCUUCCUUUGUCUCUCACGAAGCAUUGCAUUGCCGGGGCUUUUCCAGAUAGCGACUCACCAAUGUACCCUUAGUCCACGAUAUUAAAGAGGAGAGGGAGGUGAUGUGGCGGG